AGGCGGCAGCGGUCUGUUCCAAUGCUACCUGGCUACCUGAUGUGAGACUACACCUUCAAGUUCACUUUGUUUUCUGGCUCUAACAAAACAGUAACUAUAUAGCUUACACCAGCGUGAUAGACUUUAGACCCAACCUAGCAAAGUUUAGAAUAACCAUAGAAUUUAUUCCAACAUAACUCCAGAGAAAGUACCCAGGGUGUCUAAUCUUCUGACUACUGUCACAGACCACGAUGUCCACAUGCAGAUGCUCGGGCCCUGGAGCUAUCGGGCCCACCCCUCUCUGCCUGUCACUCAUUUGUGCUGUACUGACCGGCUGUCUGGCCGCACCUGACAAGAGCUUUAAACAUGACGUCGACUCGGAGGAAGAAGAAAGCGGCGAGAAGUUCCAGCUGCACAGCCAGGGCAAGCUCGCCGACCUCAUCGACCUUGACUCGCUUGACGAGGUGAAGCGCGUUGCUUGUGUUGGUGACCGCCUCUUGGUCAAGCUGACGGAUUCCGCGAUGGCUCACAAGUGGCGAGUGGGCCAGGUGGUUGUCGGCGGUUUAAAGUGGGGGUGCAACGCUAGUCACGCCCAUCCCCGGUCACGCGCCAUCUACGUCAAGAUCAGCGCCAUCGCUUUUCCUCUUGAAGACCAGGUCGUCGUGCAUCACGUGCCCGCUGGCCCGUUCGACAUGCUGAAAGAAGCCGACAUUCACUUCUACUACAAACCUGGAGAGAAAAACAGCGGUCACCAUAGCGACAGCGAGAAAAAGAUGCGAUUUCGCCGAUCGCUGUCAAACCUCGUCUCCAACAUCCUCAACAACAUCGAUUGGCGCGCUAAUUUCACAACGACCAUUCCUCUCUCGGUAGAUGAUGUCACCGACAAUGAUUCUGGCAUAACGAUGGCACUACAUAAGAACUUGGGACAAGCUGAGUUGAACAUGUCCGUGGGGCAAGGGGUGCACGACCUGCAGGAUGACUUUCUCCUGAUCCUGGACAACGUAAUAGGUCACACCCAACUGGCAUAUAGAUUUGUCCUCGUCAUCCGCAACAUCGAAGGCAAUGCUCAGGUGGAGCGGUAUGUUUCUCAGUUUGAGCUGAUGUCAAAGGUCGAUAUGGAUGCCGCCAUCACUUUCCGGCGAGAGCUGGGGCUGACCUAUAACGUCACAGCCUUUACGUCACCAACAAUCGAGUUAUUUCGGGUACCUGUGGCUAGCGUGACAGGUCUGCCACCCGUGUACCUGACAGUUACUUACCAAGUCCAAACCUUGAUCACAGUACAGGCGUACAGCGGGGGAGAGGCUGACCUGAGAACAGCUUUCAACACCAGCGGUUACCUCCUUGUAGACCAACUGUACGAUGCUGUAACCAAGAAAGAAAGUGACGUAUGGUCACGUGACUGGUCUGUGGAGGCAAAGCAGCAGGCACUACAGACCCCGUACCUCACACACGUUCGUUUCAGUCUCUACCAAAAGUUCAAGUUUACUCCCGCUGUAUCAUGGCACUACCAUGACGUCGACAUCGAGUUGUCUCCUCCAGUUGAGAUUUCAGUGCAGCCCGAGGUUCACCUACACUCAAGUCCCGCUGGAGUGGGGCGCUGUGUGGACGCUGACGUCACAGUGACGUGUCAUGUUCGUUGCGAGAGAGCUGUGUUCACUGCAGACGCCUUCGGCAUGAAGCUGUGGAAUGUUCCACUUCAGCCAGCUAUGAACCGUGACAUUCAGCUUGUGAACGCUUCGCUAGGUCAAGGUUGUGAGGCCCGUUGCCAUGGUUCUGUCAGCUUGAACUCCGGUCUUUUAAACACCACGAUUAAGUCUCCUCGCUUCUCAAGAGAUGAUGCAGAUUUUCAGAUUCUCCGUACACUCAGUGGAGACACCGCCCAGUUUGUAGACAACAACAUUAGCGCCACCUGGUGUGGGAAGGUGGGCACCCCGUGUCACUCUUGUUCUCCGCACGCACCCAACACUAGCCCUUCCGUCACGUGCGCAGCUCGUUUGAUGACGUCACGCCUGGCCGCUGUUCUGACGUAUCUGGCAGAUCUGGUGACAGUAGAGUGGCCGGACAAACAGCUGCUGAUCUUGGAGGCGUGGGACGAGCCGUCCUCAGUCUUCCCAGCUGGCCGCCAUGGCUCUUCCUCUCUGUUUGCGCAUGGCAGGGCGGCUUCUGUGACUGUUACCGACAGAACACCUGUCAUCAGUUCCCCCCUUGCUACAGGCAUCCCCACUACCACCACCAUUCUUUUGUCACGCUUGGCGCAGUUGGCGGUGUGCGCUGGAGCUGAUGGCGUCAUUGGCGUGGAUGCCGACGACAGGCUGGAGGUUGCUGUGGCCUUCAGCGACACAUCACCAAGCGCUGAUGAAAGAACAAGAAUAUUUUGGAAAGCUAUGAAUGAGCUCGAUGUGACCGCUCUGUCCCCGCUCUGCCAACAAGCUCCCAGCUUGUCCCCUGGUGACCAGUGGCCCACAAACGGCGGCCCGGAAGUGUCGUGUGGCCCCGUGGACACACCUCUAUACAGAGCUGACAGAAACCAAUUGAUACAGUGGAACCUGACAGAUAUCUCAAUGAUCUUUGAAGCGGAAGGUCCGCCUUCCGAAUGGUGUGGCAGUCCGACCAGACAGUGUCUUGACUGUAGUUCCCCCUCCUCUAGCUCUGACCCCUGGGACUGGUGCAGUUCUAGGAUGAUGACACCUCGCUUGGCCAUCCGUCUGAGAAAACUCCAGAAGCUCGCCAGUGAACGCGGAAUGGGUGUCCGUGUUAUCAAAGCAUUUUCAGAGCCUUCACAAAGGGACGCUACCCUCCUGGUUCCUUCACUUUUUGAUGAAGGAAGAGGAAUACGGCUGGCCAGCUGGCCGGGCGGCCGGGAGCGUGACCUGGUAAGUCUGGCUGUAUGUGCUGGCUUUGACCACGUGACCUACACCAGCUCCGCCUACAUCGAUGCUUUUGUCCUGAAGCAGGAUGGUCCUCAGGCACUGCUGGUCACUUACUUUGAAGGUGAGCCUCACGUUACAACAACUCCUCCUAGUCCCUCUGACCUGGAGUACAGUUAUCCUCAGGAACUGCUAGAGGAAUCAGUCCGCCCAGACCUACUGGAUGGCGGUUUCCCCCUCAACACGCAACUGUCUCACCGCCUGGUAUUGGAUGACGUCAUCACGCCAGACAAGCGGUACUUCCGGUUGGAUCCCGCAUUGAUUGAGUGCUUUGAGAUGGCAGCGGAUGACUUUUCUGGAAACAUCGAGAUGAUGAGAGGAUCUGUGUAUCGCACCCGAUCCUCCAAUUUUCUCCACAACCUGGAUCUGCGGCACCCGCAAGAGAAAUGGCGGUUUGAGACCGGACAAGCUAUGUGUUUGCGACCGGUGGGGUCUUCUGAUAACAGUCAUCUGCUGAGCCUGGCGAGAAGUAUCUUAAGAGAAUGCCCUCCUUUGGUAAGAACUGAGAUGAGAGGGCUUGGGCUUGGUUGCCACAGCGACCACCUGUAUGUGGAUUUUCGGCCGGUGACACCAGGCUAUGAGCGACACUAUGUGACAGUGUGGAAGGUUGGUGAUGCUGCCUACUGCCAAGAUGUCAUCAACCUCCAGAGACAAAUGAUCGAAGGUGGGCCAGUGAUUCAAUCGAUGCCCAGUAUUGCGUGUGGUGGUCGGGGUCUAGAUCCAGGUUUGGAAUUCCUCAGUUUCCAGUAUGGACAGCAAGGACACUGUCAGGUGAGCGAUCAAGACACGUUCUGCCAGGCCAGUCGACAGGUACGAGAGAAGGCCGCGGACUCUCUGCAAGCCCUGCUGACGUCAGCAGCCGGACAUGGACGUCUGCCGCGCUAUGACAUCAUCGGAGAGGUGCGGGCCUGCCUUGUCGACGUCUGCGGAGGAUGUCCUGGUGUUGGCCAUGUCUUUGAGCAGAAGAUGGUGACGUGCGCUCGUCUGGUGCGUAAAUACGUGACUCGAGCCGCCAGCCCCUUCCCUGAUCUGAGAAACGUCACAGCCUUCUUCAAUACGGACACAGCGCUGUCCACCGUCCACCAUCUGGCCUGUGGUCAACGUCUGGUGUGUGUAGAGGACACGCCCACUUACUCUUUAUUUGUGCCCACAGUCACAGCUCGCUACUACCCGGACCCUUCCAAGUCCCUAGAGAAAGCCUUGUUUGCAGCAGACAUCAACCCGACCCCUUUGCUCGAAAUCGUUGCCCAGGAGAUGGCCUUCAGGGCAGAGGGCAAGGUCACUGUCUUUGUGGAGUCUGAAACCGAUAUCUACGCGCUCAGAAACGUUCUUAAGGUGUUGAUGGUCUACAACAAAAAUAUCAGCUUCGUCGAGUUCCAAGUGGCUGUUGAGGUCGACCCCGAUCUUGUGACGUCAUCCAUUCAGCGGAAGUUGGAGGCGUGGUCUGGAGUGGCCUGUCCACUCUACAGCCGCUUUGCAGUGGCGCCUUUUGUUGUGGUUACCAUGACAACAGAGCGACAGAGACGCAGCGCCCAGCUGAGUGUCCCCCGAAACAAAGUGAAGUGGGCCAUGUACAACUGGGAGCAGGAAUGGCUGGACAAGAUGUUUUAACCCCUGAGUCAUUUCUCCUAUUUCAUUCACCCAGUUGAAACUAUAGACCAGUGGUUCUCAAAGUAUUUCGGACCGCGGACCACUUUACUUAAGAAAACAAUACGGCGGACCACCAAGGUCUAAAAAUCACUCUGUACUAUGAAUUUCACAUUUAAAUUGCCGCAUUUG